GAACUCAUGAAGUAGAGCAUGUUUGGUGCUCAAAAAAGUGAGAUCAAGUGUUUCGGUGCAUUUAUUUUGGCUUUCCGUUAGGAAAUCAAUGUGUUCUUCGUGAUAUCGAAGAGAAUUUUGCAGCGAAACUAAAAUCUUCUAAUAGACGAACAGUAGCCAAGGAAACAGCUAUCACACUUCACAACCAAGAUGGCGGAAAAUGUACGAGUGGCAGUUCGUGUCCGUCCAUUUAAUUCUCGCGAGAAAGCUCGCGCUGCAGUAUUGAUCAUCAAGAUGCAGGGAAACAGUACAUAUAUAACAGAUCCUGCAGCUCCAGAGCAGGAACCAAGGAAGUUUGCAUUUGAUUUUAGUUAUUGGUCACAUGAUGGGUUCAAAGAGCUUGAAGAUGGCUACCUUUCUCCUGCAGAGUCUCAUUAUGCAGAUCAGAAACGUGUAUUUGAUGACCUCGGUAGGGGGGUACUUGAGAAUGCAUGGAAAGGCUACAACUGCUCACUGUUUGCCUAUGGUCAAACAGGUUCAGGGAAAUCCUACUCCAUGGUUGGAUAUGGACAAAAUAAAGGUAUUGUGCCUAUAUUUUGUGAGACGCUGUUCAAUGAAGUAGAAGAAAAAAGGAAAGAAGGUUCAGAGACUGAAUACCAGGUUACAUUCAGCAUGCUUGAAAUCUACAAUGAAGCGGUACGUGACUUAUUAAACCCAGCAAGUAACAAGAAAGGAGGGCUAAAAGUCAGGCAGCAUCCUGCUAAGGGAUUUUAUGUCGAAAGUUUAGUGACUGUCCCAGUUAAAGACUAUGCUGAUAUUGAUAGCCGCAUUGAAGAGGGCACACGCAACAGAACAGUGGCCGCUACCAACAUGAAUGCCACUAGCAGCCGUGCCCACACAAUCGUUGCUAUUAACUUCAUUCAAAAAGGAAAAAAUGAAACCGGACAGAUGAUGACUAAAACCUCUAUAGUGAACUUGGUAGAUCUUGCUGGAAGUGAGAGGGCAGAAUCGACUGGGGCUACUGGAGACAGGCUCAAGGAAGGAUCAGCUAUCAACCAGUCUCUUUCCACAUUGGGCAACUGUAUCAAAGCCCUUGCUGAUCAGUCAUCUGGAAAGAAAGGAGCACUCGUUCCUUUCCGUGACUCUGUGCUUACCAAGCUACUGAAGAAUGCCCUAGGAGGCAAUAGCAAGACAAUUAUGAUUGCAGCCUUAAGUCCCGCUGAUAUUAACUUCGAAGAGACCUUGUCGACACUCCGAUUUGCCGACAGAGCCAAGGCUAUCAAGACUAAAGCCGUCGUCAAUGAAAGUCCAACUGAAAAAUUGAUCCGGGAACUGCGCGAAGAAAACCAGAGACUAUUGGACCAGCUGAAGACGUCAGGGGGAGGCCAGCCGAUUAUGAUGCAAGGGGAACCUGGCCAGUCACAGAUGGUCGGAAUCUCUGAAGAAGAGGUGAACGAAAUGAAAAAAGAAAUGGAGCAACGGCUGUUACAAAACCAGAGGGAAAUGGAAGAGAUGAAGAAGUCUUGGGAAGAGAGAUUAUUAGAGCAGGAGGCAGCCAACAAAGCUAAAGAGGAACAAGAAAAGAAGGAAAAAGAACUACGUAAGACCACUCCUCACUUCUGGAAUCUUAAUGAAGAUUCCCAACUUUCAGGAAAAAUUAACCACUUUAUUAAGCCAGGUAACUUGCAUCAUGACCUUCAUACAUCGAGAUAAGACUGACCCACGUUUUCUCGUAGCAUCCUGCCACAGCACGCUACAGUGACACACAAUGGUGACAGAAUCACAAUACACGCGCAUGCUGAUGCUAAACUGAUGGUGAAUGGUAAACCAUCACAUGACGAAAUAGAGCUACACCAUAAUGACAGAGUGAUGUUUGGCUCCGCUAGUUUGUUCGUGUUACAUCAUCCUGUAGAGUUUGAAAAGAAAAAGAAGGAUGGCGUCAAAAUUGAAGAAAUCACUUAUGACUUAGCGCAGGAGGAAAUAGCAGAGAAUUCUGGAUUCAACAUGGACAAGAACAGUGGGCAAUCCAAAAAUGAUCUGCUGUUGCAAGAGGACCUGGUACAGAUGGUACCCAUGGUCAAUGAAUCUAACGCCAUGGCCGACGAAUUGGGCAAAAAGGUAGAGUUUGAAAUUCUCUUGGUGUCACCUCAAGCUCGAGGUCUCAAGGAAGGAAGGACCGAGGUGAAAGUAAAGAUGAAAAGCACAGUGGAUGGCGCGGAGUGGAUCUGGGACAGAAAUAAAUUCGUCAAUAGGACCUACUUAAUGAAGGAAAUGUUCCAAAACUACUACGACGGAGACGAAGACUGGGAUUUACCAGAGGAGAGAGAUCCAUUCUGGGAGCCAGAUGAUGCCGAAAUUCAGAUUGGUUCAGUCCAAGUUUACCUCCAAAGUCUAGCUUACUUGAUUGAAGUUGAAGAGAGUCUCACAAUUACAGAUCACAAAGGUGACGAUAAGGGACAUUUACAGAUCGAGGCCUAUCCCUGCGAUGCAACUUUCUCCGAGGAGCUAGACGAUUUCGUUGAAGAACCCAAGGAAUUGAUUGGAAGAGCUCUAUAUUUUAAGUUAAAAAUUCCUUACGCAAGAGGUUUACCAGCCAUAUUUGGAAAGGGGGAAACAUUUUGUAAAUAUAAACUAUACCUGGAUCACGAAUACACUUGUACAAAGAGUGUAUCUGGAACCAUCAAUCCUUCCUAUGAGUCCGAGAAGAAGUUCACAUUCAAUCCCGUCACGAAACAGUUCGUCGAUUAUUUAUUGAACUCGCCGCUUGUUGUUGAAGUUUGGGGAAAACAGAGUGGAAGGAGGAUAAGCCGCAAGGAAACGGGUGGAGAAAUAAACCGGGCAACAGCCACCAAAAAAGCAUCUGUGGGGCAAAAAGACAGCGGAAUGACAAAUGGCGAGGUUAUGUCCAAGGAAGAAGGUCAAAAUAUGAAAUUGGAGUUAAACAAGUCACAGAAAAGAAGUGAUCGAUCUGAAAAGAAACUGAAAAAGAUGCGAGAGUUAGUGGAGAUUGCUAAAAGUAAAGGCAUUUCGACAAUAGAGGUCGCUGCAGUUGAAGAUAUCUUAAAUGGUGGUGAAGGCGACAAGUUCAAAGCAACCGCGGACAUCAUUCUUCACGCACAGAAAUCAACCGACAAUGACGGCAAAAUCAACAGUACAGCCUGCUCAAUCCAGUGAAUAAUUAUUAGAUUAAUAUUUAUUAGUUGCACAUUGUAUGUGGACUUCUUGGCACACAUCUGUCGUUCAUUUCAAUUUGUUAGCAGAGAGCUAAAUCAAUUCCGUCGGGAACUUCAGUAACUUUAGCAUAAAAUUGAUCGUAUUGUUGUCUUGAACGCUCUUUUUGUAGUGAUAUUUCCGCGUUUUUGUUUCUAAAAGACUGAUAUCGGAACGUGGAACGUGCAAAAAUUCAAGAAAGUUGAAAGUUAACGAAGUUAAAUAUUUCAAAUCGCAGAUUUAGCCACUAGAGCUAGUAUUUUCAAUUAAUAUACCAGGACUGAAUCUUACAACUGAUCACGGGAUGUUAUUUACAAUUCCUCCCUUUGUUUGAUGCCGAAAUUCGACUUUUCUUGCAGUGAUCAAGAUUACAGAAACGUUUCUGGGCCUACUUAGUUCCAAUGAAUACUUCAUAAAAAGCGUAUUUUCAAUUCAUUCCCACGAUAUCUCCCCUAUCCAUACCAAAGUAAAACAAUCUGCUGUACAUUUUGUGAUUCUUUUCCCUUAUUUUCUCUAAACGAUACAGGAAUAGUGCAUUUUUAAAUUGACGAAGCUCUCUUAUAACAUGCACAUGCAAUUCAACUUAGUCAAUUUCAUGGUCUUAUGUUUUUUUACGCCUGUACAAAGGAUUAUCGCACCCAUGGUCGCCCAUCAUUUAUUAUUACUAUAACACUCGCUUAACGUUACUCGUUUUAUAUUUAAAAUUUCAUCGUUAUUUAUUUAUUUUUCUCAGUUAGUGUUUUCACUAUAUUUAACCAAGGGCAUGUAAAGUAUUAUUUAUAGAAGUCUGGGGAAAAUUCAGUGCAAGUUUUAACUUAAUCAGCAAUGUUCACUACGUGCAGGUUCGUGUAGUGUGAAAUGUACCCUAGUAGAUGUAAACAUAGUCACUUGAAUUGUCGUUUUAACGUAACGAGCACCACGGGUGGAAAUGUUGUUUCCUUGCUUUUAUGGCUGGACGUAACCACUGAGCGGAGCUAGUGGACUUUGAUCUCCUCAACACGCAAUAGCACACUGUAUGGCAACAUACACAAAGCACUGACUUUAGUAAAGCCGUACGAAAAGUUAGUUUCUGUUUUGUGGAAAAUAAAUGACAUGUAUUGUCUA